AUGCGGUCCCUUGUAGAAGCGAGAGAGUCAUGGCAAAUUCUGCAAACGCAUAAAUCUCUAGCCGACCUUAAAGAGGCUAUUCGCAGCGAGAAUAAGCUAGACUCACUGACCAAGUCUAGAUCGCUAUUGUGGAAGAUUUUUCUCCUAUUUGAGGGACUCGAUCAAUCAGAAUGGCUCCAACGAUCAGCAGAUUCGCGUUCGGCAUAUGCAUCAGUGCGCUCACAUCUACUACGAGGCCUUGAACAUCCAGAAGAAGUCUUGGGAUCAAAUCUAGAUCCAUUGAGUGAAGAUUCUGAGUCUCCCUGGGCCGUCUUACGCAAAGAUGAAGCAUUACGCGCCGAAAUUAUGCAAGAUGUCGACCGGUGCAUGCCCGACAACAUAUAUUUUCGACAACCACAAACUCAAACCAUGCUACUGGAUGUUUUGUUUGUGUUUUGCAAGUUGAAUCCAGACGUUGGAUACAGACAGGGUAUGCACGAGCUGCUAGCUCCUAUCCUCUGGGUUGUGGAAAAGGACGCAGUGUCGAGUAAAGCUACAGAUGACUCUGGCUCAGAGGACAAGAUGCUGUGCCAUAUCUUCGAUUCUGAUUUUGUCGAGCAUGACACCUUUACCCUGUUUGGCAUUGUCAUGCAAGGAGCAAAAUCUUUCUAUGAACAAGCUGCACAUGCUGCCCCCUCGAAACUUACCGCUACGCCGUCGAAACCUGCAGCAACACUGGAAAAUCCGAUUCUUACACGAAUACACAGAAUCUUUGACGAGUUCCUACCUCAUCUCGAUCCAAAACUUGCACGACACCUGCAAGAGAUUGAUCUGAUACCUCAAGUCUUCCUUAUGCGAUGGAUUCGACUGUUGUUCGGUCGAGAAUUUGGAUUCGACGAUGUCUUAGGCAUGUGGGAUGCCAUAUUCGCUGAUGACCCUAGCCUUGAGAUUGUAGAUCUUGUUUGCUUGAACAUGCUUCUGAGGUUACACUGGGAACUAAUGGAUGCUGAUUACAAUACGGCGCUUACACUUUUGUUAAGAUAUCCCGCUCCAGAGAAUGGGGGGUCUCCACAGGAGUUUGUGACAAACGCAGUAUACCUGAGAGACAACUUCAACCACGCAGGCGCAAGCACACUCGUCGAGAAAUAUUCAGGAAGACCUUUGCCCGAACUGACAGAAACCCCCACUAAUAUGCUACAACCUUCAAAGCCAGGCAAAAUUCGAACGCAGAUGCCUGCGCGAGCAUCAAGCAAUUUCGAAGACAUGCUUCAGGGAGCAGCAAAAGGCGUACUGCAACGAAGCGAGAAAUGGGGCAUUAACAAGGCCUUCCGUGAUGCCAUGGAUGAAGUACGCAAAGGUGUGAGAGAAAUUCAGGCAGCGCAAACGCCGCAAGCACCAUCGAGGCACACACGCGGGCUGUCAAGACAGAGUGGGACGUCGGAUAGAUCGACCGACCCAAACUUACGACUCACCGUUCUAGAACAACGCAACACAGCACUGUCGCAGAUGCUCAAGAAAGCCAUCGAUGAUCUUUGGACAUACCACGAGACUGCUGUAGGAGGCAAAGGCUCAGAAGAGGAGUCAUUGAAGGGCUUGAGUAUGGCGAUUGCAAAAGUGCAAUUUAUCCAAGUCUAUCUCGAGGAUGCUUCGGUACCACUGGCCAUAGAGGAAGACGCGACCGAGAUGGCCAAAGAAGAAGCUAUCGAGGUCAAAGAAGUUUCGCCGCAAGUGAAAGAGCCGACAAGUGCUCAUACUGAGAACAAGCCUACCGCUGAAAACACAAAAGAGCCAUCAGACCCAAAAGCAGCCGAUGAGGGUCCUGCAGAGACUGCCGAUGUGCCAAAGAAAAAGACUGAAGAUCCUGCUCCGGCAAAGACCACAAGAACAGCCGACGUACCUCUUGACUUCCACACACCAAGGCCUACACUAGCCCAAUCGUCAUUUUCAUGGAUGCUGGGGCAAUCUCCAGAGACAAACACAAGCAGCUUUGCUCAAGCGAAAGGGCUUGCACCUUCAGAUAUACGACGCCGCAGCAAGGGCUUCUUGUUUGGUGACGAGGAUGAUACCCGAGCGGGAAGUCCUGAGAAAAAGAAAGACAGCAAGAGAGGGAAAGAUAGGAAGAAGCAGGUGAAAAAAGAAGUAUUGUUUGAGCAGGAGCCCGUCGAGGAGGAAUUUGACCUCGGUGCUUUGGAAGAGGAGAAGAGAGCAGGAAAGGAGAAAGACAAGACCGAGGUCGAUGGUAUCAAGAGCAAGUAG